AUUCAGUCCUUUCAGCAAUCUCGUCUGUCAGGAUGGCGAUCAAGAACGAGCCAUCAAAGAGACCACUGCUGCCAGUCGAGUCUCAAGAUGAGAAGCUGCCAACGAAGCAGGCAUCAGAGCCCUUCUUGAGACUGCCGGACCGGCUCCUGUCUCCACGAGGACAUCGAUGGAUCAACAGGUUGAUCGCCGCAUCGCUGGCGGUAAUGCUAGGCUGCCUCGUCUUCCUACCCAAGAAUUCCACAGGGAGCACAAGACCGAGAGCAUUGCGCAUCGCUUUCUCCGCGGGUCCGAGCAGUCCUGCGACAGGCCAGCCAGCCUCGUCCAUCUACGCUCAAGUACCAGACUACGAUGGGAUCGCGACGCUGUCGUGGGAGCCUCCGGCUGGCGACGUCGAGUCCACUGCUGUGUCAACGAGCUUUCUCCGAGAGGAUCAAGGCAGUUUGAUCUGGCUGACACGCGAGGUCGUCGACCAUUCUCUCGUUACACAUCGCCUCGAAGACGGUGUUGACGAGGAGGUCAGACUGCUCUGCGAUCCAGCAGGCGAUCCAGAAAUCGCCUCCUUCGCCCGCAACGAUCUGAAUUACUACUUCAGCACUCCUCAUACGAUUUCGCCCUACGUCAGGAGCGUCUUUCGGGACCACGACGCCCCGCAAGUUCUACGCUCUCGCCAGGCUGCAAAGUCGCUGAGCACAAAGACGUUGGUUAGCACCAAUCGCUCCACACUCCUCUUCGUCCCGCACUCCGGCCUAGCCACGCUGGAUCGCUGUCUUCCACGCUACGUUCGUCCCUACCUCCUCCCACCAGUCCAUUCUACAAGUUUCGCGCCUCCUCAAGAAGACAAGCCAGAGCCAGGCUUCCCCACCCCUACCCUGAGCGACACCUACAUCUCAACCUGGCUUCGUUCCCCGCUCCUCCAGUCGCACGAGCGCAUUCAGCAGGAUCUAGAUGCCCUCACGGGGGAAAAUGCUUCUUCGCCCGUCCCCUUGCCGGGCACGUCGCGCUGGAUGACUAGACAUUCGUCGACAUAUGGGGGUUACUCGGCUGCGAGGUGGCUGCUGGCGCAGCAGAGGGCUGCGCUCGGACUCGAGGAGAGCGGAGCGUCAGAGUCGGCUACCGCUGUGCCAGGAGCAAGGUGUGACUUUUGGCACUACGGGGAUGGAAGCUUCAAUCCGAAUGUCGUCUGCAUCAUCCCCGGCGAGGGCGGCAACGAGGGAAAAGCAGACGAGGAUGAGGGCGCCGUAGUCCUCACCGCCCACUACGACUCACGCGGCUCAUUCGGCUCCUCGCGCGCCCCAGGGGCAGAUGAUGAUGGCAGUGGCACGGCCAUGCUCCUUGCCCUGACACGCGUCUUGGGACAGGCCAUCAGUGCCCCUCGGUCCAAAGCAUCUCGCCGCCGCCCACUGCACCUUAUCCUCUUCUCAGGCGAAGAGCAAGGCCUAGUAGGCUCAUCAUACUACGCCGCUCAUCUGCGAAAGCAAGGCGUCCCCAUUCGUCUUGCACUUCAAACAGACAUGAUAGCCUAUCGCGUCCCCGGCGAAGCACCGCAGCUCGCUUCGCCCACCACCAUCGGAACGAAGAGUGCCGCCACCUUUGUCCAGCGUACAGCGCAACUCUGGGCGCCUGAGCUCGUCGUGGGGAAGAGUGCGGCGUGCUGCUCAGAUCAUCAGAGCUUCUGGCAAGUGGGUGCCCCUGCCACCAGCGUCUUUGAGCGCAACGGGCCUAUUGCUGAUCCGAUGUAUCAUGAGAGUGGCGACGUGAGUAGGAGAAGGGGUUAUGAUGUGGGACAGUUGGUAGGAGCGGGUAAGGUGGUACUGGCAGCUGGAUUACAGUUGCUUUGGGAGUAGAGCAGCAUUUUGGCAGUCUGCAAUCGUAUUCAGCAUCAGCAUGGAUCGAAGUUUCGUCUUGCAAAGGCAUGGUACUGGAUUGACAGCCAGGACGUCAUCUAAAAAAGAACCACAUCACCACGCUUUCCCUCUUUACUCCUUGUCCGUGCCAGUGUAAUGCUCAGCCGCCGCAAUCGUGACGGGAUCCGCCUCCUCCUCGGCAGCGAGCAAUCUCUCGCUCUCGAGCGCCGCAAUGCACCCACUGCCCGCCGAGGUGACCGCUUGCCUGUACUUCUUGUCCUGCACGUCACCCGCCGCGAAGAAACCCUUGACGCUCGUCUCUGUGGUCCCCGGCUUCGUCACAAUGUAUCCAUCCUCGUCACAAUCGACCUGGUCCUUGACAAGGGAAGUUGCCGGCACGUGCCCGAUGGCGUAGAAGAGACCGUUGACUUGAAGAUCGGACUCCU